AUGGAAAGCGAGACUAAGAAUGUCUUAUCUCCUUCAUUCUGUGUUAUGAAUUGUCAUCUCAUGAACGAAAACUCCUCAAGAUUCAAGCAGCGACUCGGCAGGAUGGCGGCACAUAAUGGCGGUAACUUGUAAUUUCCGUGCCAACAAAAGACCAGAAUCAACGUUUACCAGAGAAGAGUUAGGUAUUCAUAGCAGAUCGGCGAGCGGUCGUUAACUCGUGACUGAGGAUCAGAAGGCGAUGGAGCAAGACACAAAAAGCUACGCAACCCCUCUGCUGGAAUCGCCUCUUUCUGGAACAACUUCAAAGCUUCAAACCCUGGGAAAUAUCAUAGUCUCUAUAGUUGGUACCGGUGUACUGGGAUUGCCUUUUGCUUUUCGGAUCGCUGGUUGGCUUGCUGGUUCACUGGGAGUUUCUAUCGUUGGCAUGACCACCUACUAUUGCAUGCUCCUUCUUGUUUUGUGCAGAGAGAAGUUGGCAGCAGAUGGAUCAUCAGUCGAAGCAAAAACGUAUGGGGAUCUGGGUUAUAAGAGCUUUGGAUCCAUUGGUCGUUAUCUGUCAGAAUUUCUUAUCUUGGUAGCACAGAGUGGAGGUUCCGUUGCAUAUUUGGUAUUCAUUGGCCAAAACCUCCAAUCUAUUUUCCUAAACCAGGGUCUCGCAUUCACAUCCUAUAUAUUUUUAUUAGUGCCAGUUGAAAUUGGAUUAUCAUGGAUAGGGAGCUUAUCUGCUUUAGCACCAUUUAGCAUUUUUGCUGAUAUUUGCAAUGUCCUAGCGAUGGGAAUUGUGGCGAAGGAAGAUAUACAGCAAGCAUUAAGGGGUGAAUUCUCAUUUGAGCAGAGAACCGCAAUCACAUCCAAUUUAGGUGGACUGCCUUUUGCAGGAGGCAUGGCAGUCUUUUGUUUUGAAGGGUUUGGGAUGACAUUGGCCUUGGAGAAUUCGAUGCAGGACAGAGCUAAGUUCCCAAGAUUGCUGGCUCAGACCUUUGGUGGGAUAACACUUGUGUACAUUCUUUUUGGGUUUUUUGGUUACAUGGCUUAUGGUGAUGAAACUAGAGAUAUCGUGACCCUCAAUCUCCCCAGGAAUUGGUCAUCUACGGUAGUACAGAUAGGAUUAUGCUUGGGGCUGGUGUUCACAUUCCCAAUCAUGGUUCACCCUAUUAAUGAAAUUGUGGAGGGAAAGCUGAAAAGGCUCAAAUGGUUUUACAGGCCUUGCCACUGGGACAAUAAUGAUUCAACAACCAGAUUAGGAAAGACUUGGAUCUAUAUAAGUCGAGCAAUUGUGGUGGUUGUGCUGGCAAUCUUGGCCUCAUGCGUGCCAGCUUUUGGCGUAUUUGCCUCAUUUGUGGGGAGUACUGUGUGUGCAUUGAUCUCAUUUGUUUUGCCAGCCACAUUUCACCUAAAGCUAUUUGGUUCUUCUCUACAUCUUUGGCAGAAAGCCUUGGAUUUUAUUGUACUGUUCUGUGGUUUAUUUUUUGCUGUUUAUGGCACAUACAAUACCAUAGUUGGAGUUUAAAUGCUUCUGAACCUGCAUCCUACUCAGUAAAAGCCUUUCUAGAAAACAAAUCGGUAUUUUUCAUGUAAUACAACAAAUGUUUACUGUGAAUAUAUCAUGCAGACUGCACAAGAUGCUGUUCCCCCCCCCCCCCCCCUUCAUUGUUGCCUGAGCUUUCCCAAUUUGGUUAAUUAAGUUAUACGGAACCGUGAUUUUCCGCAACCUCAAAUUUGGAUUACAUCAGCUUCCUCUUGUCAGUGAUGAGCCCCAAAACUUGUCUAUUGCUUCUUUGCAUUUGUCAGGUCGUUAAACAUUGAUUUCUGAGAACUUGAUCCUUUAUAUCAGUUACAGGUUUGGUCAGUUAGAGUACUUACCUUCCCUGUGGUCCAGGACCGACAAGCUUGUCGCUUUAAUCUUUUGAAUUUGUGGCCUUGGCCUGCACAACAUAUCGAGCUACAGAACUGACUUGAGUGCCAGCUGCUACCUUGUCGUGGGUGCUAGAUGGCCGAUACUUAUUUCUGGCCUUGGCCUGCACAACAUAUCGAGCUACAGAACUGACUUGAGUGCCAGCUGCUACCUUGUUAUUGCAUAUAGGGGCAAAUCGGCAAUGACAACCAAGCGCCUCUUAACAAGGUUCAUGUGUAUAAACUGCGCAAUAGUGAUGUCUUGUGGGUCUAUAGGCGCUAUCGCAACAUUGAAGUGUGCACCCCCCUACAGGUAGAUCUAGGUGCUAUGAUUAAUGGCCUAAACUGGACGUGGAAGCAGGGUUUCAAAAGGACUAUUUGCUAGUCGUGUCUCUUUUGUCAUAGGAUAUGACUUCUGUAAACGCCAACAGUUCUUGCUUGGGCAGACCCGUUCCCUUAUGCAAAGAGGGUAGCAAGUUGAGAUUGAUCACUUCUAUCAAGAAGGAAAUAAAUGCCCUAAUUUUCUAGCUUCCUUUGCCAUAUCUCCAUGGAUAUGGGUGUGCAUGACCUAUACCAUUCACCAGACAAUUUAUCAAAACUCUUACAAGAUCACGCUCUAGGCGUAGGCUAGAUUCACUUUUUUAAUAACAGAUCCUAGUUGGUCUUCUCCAUUCCUUAACAAAAUGUGUGUGUGUGUGUGUAAAUAUAUGGUUCAUAUCAAUUUAAGAUUUUUUUUUUUGUUAA